AUGAAAGCCCCAGAAUAGAUAUAUUCUUAAAUAAAUACAGAAGGUCUUCUAAGCUAUAUAAAAGGUGAUAAAUUUACUAGUUAUUUGAUUUAGACAGUAAUAAGAUUACCCUUAGAGAUUUUAUUUGAAAAAAUUUCUGUCAAUAGUUUGGUAGAUUUAUACCAUAGUCUUAUUCUUGACAAAAGAAUUAUAAUAAUCUCGAAAGAAAUCAAUACAAUUUCAACUAUUAUUGACUGUUUAUUGUCUAUACUUUACCCAUUAAAAACUGGAACUUAUUCAGUUAUCCCAAUUAUUAAGUAAAGUUACAUUGAAUUUCUAGAUGCCCCGGUGCCAUACAUAGUAGGAGUAUAAAAGUCCACAUGGGAAAAUGAUCUUUCAAUCCAAUAACUUAGGCUAUUAGAAUUAGAUACUUAAAUAAUUGCAUAUAAUGUUGAUUAAGACAUUUUUGUAAUAGGGGAGCCAAGAGUACUAAACAGGUCUAAAUAUCUUAAGAAGAGUUUAGCUGAUUUUAAAAUAGGUAUGAGUCUCGUUCAUAUUUAUACAUAGAGAAUGAUGAUAUUUUAAGUAUUCUACAAUUACUUUUUGAGAGUGCUCUAGAAUAUAAAUAAGUUUCAAAAUUUUGGAAUAUUUGAACCAGAAUCAUAUAUUGAUUAAGAGGUUUCUAAGCAAGAGGAUUAAUCAUACUAUCAGGAGUUUUUUCAAACCCUGAUAUUUUUAUCUUCACUCCAAGAUAUUUUAGACAAUUUAGCUGAGAGAGAUACUAGAUCUAUUAAGGAAAGCCUUGAACUUUAACAUUAGUAAAUUCAAAAAAUAAAUUAUCUCAUCUAGACAAAAGCUCAUUUAGUAAGCCUUGAAUAGUGUGAUAAACUAAUUGAAAUGCAGAAUAAGCUUAAAAAGAAAUAAAAUAACUAAAUUAUGGUUAAGGAUUUGAUAUAAAUAGACACUAGCAUUAAGAAUGAAAUUAAAGAGACAGUAGAUAAAAAUAAAAAGGAGAGAUAUUCAUUAGUUUAACCUAGCUCUUCUUCAUCGAAAAAAGAUAAGUUAAACAAAAGGUAAAUGAAUAACUUUUAGAGACCAAGGAGAUCACCUGAACAAAGUAAGGUGAAUGUACCUGCAAAUUAAAACUUCAACAACACAAUCAAUAGUAAUAGUCCUAAUAGAGAUUCUAGGAAGAUAAGGAACUCAAGUCUAGAAAAACCUAAGAAAUCUAAUGCUCUUAUGAAAAAGCGUAGUAGAGAUAGUAGCAAUGAAGAGACCAACUAAUAUUUCCUAUUCAAGAAGGAGUUGGUAUUGUAGAAUCCAAAAUUUAUUUAAAGCUAUGAAAGUUCAAGGACAAGUAUUGGACCUAAAUUGAUGAACAAUCACAAUAAGAAGAAAACUCCUAGUCCUCCUGUUUAUCAAAUAAAUUUAAGUGAACUUGCAAAUUUAAGCAGUAAUUAGAAACCUAUUGCCAAAGGACUAAACUAAUUUCAUACAAAUCGAAAAUAAGAUCCCAAAUAAUUUAAGUCUUUAUCUCCAAGAGGCAAUUUUGUUUCAAAAUUUAGCAAAAAAUCCAGUCAAUAACUCCCAAUAAACUUAGCGAAAAAGUAUGUUCUCUAGCAAUAACUGAUGCAAGGAGGUUUAAUUAACCCAUCUCCCUCUCCAAAUAUAUCUCAAGAUUUAAAAUUAUAAUAGUAAUAUCAAACUGCCAAAGUCCAAAAGAAAAGUAGCCACACUAAACUUACAAAGUUUGAUAGCCAAAAGCUUUUGAUAUAACCAUCGAUAGCUUAAAGAUAGAAGAAUCCGGAUGACGAGGUUUCAACUGAGAAUUUAUCUUUUAUGCAUGAUGACCUUGAGGAAGAGUCUAAAGUUCACUAAGUAUAUACGAAUAAAAAUAGGCAAUAUGCAGCAAGUAUACACCAGUACUAUCAGCAAAAUACAGAUCCUCCAAGACUUGAGAAGUAAAAUUCAAAGAAAAGUAAAGAUAGAAGCAGAUAAAGUCCAUAUAGAGAAGUAAGAGAUUUUUCACAAAGACUUAAAGCAGGCAGCCAUAUGGUAUUUGGAUUUGAUAGCAGCUCAAAGUUAUUUCAAAGUAACAGCCGACAAAAUCUAAAUUAUCAAUUGAACAAUGAUUGA